AUGGGUGAUGUCGCUCAUGGUCAGUUGAUGGAUACUAUCAAGAACAAAGCUGAGGGAGCCAUGAACAAAGGAGAACACUCUCAGCGCGACCAGACUCAAAACCAAGGAGGAAAUCAAGGAGAUCAGUACGGCUCAGGACAAGAUCAGUACGGAUCCGGUCAAGGUCAAGGUCAAGAUGCUUUCUCUACUGGACAAGGUGGAGGGUACGGUUCUGGUGGACAAGGACAAGCCGGAGGUUUCGACAAGGACCAAUAUGGGUCUGGAGCAACUGGUGGAGACCAGUACGGGUCUGGGGGAGUGGGUGGAGGAGACUAUGGUUCUGGACAGCCAGGUCAGUACGGUUCUGCCGGACAAGGAGGUCUGGGAGGUGGUAUUGGUGGUGGACAAGGUGCUUAUUCUGGCAAUGCCGGUCCUGGAAACUACGGACCUGGUGCGGGCGGUGAGGGGAACUAUGGAUCGGGCGGGGCUGGUGGGCUUGCUGGGGCAGGUGGACUGGGUGGGCUGUCAGGGGGGAACUCGGCUGGACAAUUCGAGUCUGGAGAGGGACGUCAUGGACAUGGGCAUCAUCAUGAAGGUCAGGGAGGUGGUGUGGGAGGUUUCGAUGGGCAAGGACAGGGAUAUGCCGAUGGCAACAUGGGUGCUCAGGGGACUAACAACACCUAUGGUCAAACUGGUGGGGGUUUGAACCAAGGUCAAAAUUUCUGA